CAAUACAGGUGAACUAUGUUUUGUGAAUAUAUUGGUGCAAUUUGCUACAGGUUAUACGAGCUUAAGAAGAUUCAUGGAAUUGAGGAUGAAAGACCUUCAAGUGGAACUACUGUCCCACAAACAAUCGGCUCAGGGUUAUUGUCUAUCACUCUGAAUUGUGUUGGAGCAUCCAUGGGUGAGAAGCCACCAUUGACAAAGAAGCUUCCAGCAACAACUACAGUCGGUAAGCUGAAAUCUCUAUGUGAAAGCUUUUUUAAGCUGAAGUCCAUGAAGCUAAAGUUAUAUCUUCAAGAAGAGGGUUCUCCAUUUCCUUUGAUGCUUGACAAUGACACUUCAUCUCUGAUGGACCUUGGAAUUGGAAAUGAUUCUAUUAUCCUUGUAGACGAAGAAGGGUCAUAAAUAUAUUUGUGAACAGUUUCCCAUGUGUUAAAGACUGUAUCCUUCUGACUGUCCCCAACUCUUGGAAGUAUCUCUCUCUCUCUCUCUCUCUCUCUCUCUCUCUCUCUCUCUAUAUAUAUAUAUAUAUAUAUAUAUAUAUAUAUAUAUAUUUGUAAGUGGUACACCUGUUUAGUUGGUGACAUUCUUUUAUCAGGGGUUUUGAUCCACUGGUUUUCUCUAAAUCACUGGUUCUUUUAUACAUUUGCAAGUAGAUUUCGGUCUUCUUCUUUAA